GUUAGUUGAAUGAUGUAUUAGUCUUACUUACUGUAAGAUUUUUUUUUUUUUAUCUUAUGUGUCUUGUCAAUCUGAAAGGUUAAAGCAACGUUUUGCCCUUUGAGAUUAAGUAAUGGUUAGUUGAACCUACCUUUUUCUUGGUUAACAUACAGUAAGCAUUCAUGUGGUCAGUUUUGUGUUUACUUCUGCAGCAAAUGAUUGUCUCUCUCUAUAGCUUAAGGGAUUUUUUGCUGAAUGUCAUGUAGUUUUUUUAUCAGGAUGAAGAGUUGUCUAAGAACUGAUGCUGAUUUGCUGACCAAUCUGCCCAAUAACAUAAUUGAGAACAUUCUUGGAUGUUUGCCUCUUCGAGAUGUGGUGAGGACUAGCAUUUUGUCGAGAGAAUGGAGGUACAAAUGGGCCUCAUGCCCGGAUAUCGUGUUUGAUUUCUGGUUCGAUCAAAUGUUUCUGGGAGGCCACAAACUGGAGUCCCUGAUUUACCAAAUAUUGAAACUCCACAAGGGCCCCUUGCUAAAAUUUGGUCUUCAAGUGCCUGAUCUCAAGAGCAAUCCUGAUAUUGACCAAUGGGUUCGUCUGCUGCCGAAUAACACUCUGCAAGAACUGACUCUCCACGUGUCGAGAGGAGAGGCGCACAGGUUGAGUUCGCAUCUGCUUACUUUCCAACAUCUGAAAAACUUGAGGCUCUACAACUGCGUAUUUGAUCCUGUCCCGGGGUUCAAGGGAUUCAGCAAACUCGUGAACCUUGAGCUGCAGAGCGUUGUCCUUGUGCCCGAAUCAUUCACAACUUUCAUUGCUUCGUGCCCUGCAGUUGAAAGACUGAGACUGAUUCAUUGCACCAGCUUCGAUUGCCUGGAGUUAACCGGCCCCAAGUUGAAAUACUUUGAGUUCAACGGGGUGUUCAAGUCGGUUUCUUUCAAGAACUGCCCUGCUCUGAAAGAUAUCAAACUAACCUUUUCAUCCAUGGAAUUUAAACGGGGGAACUCCUUUUCCUUAGAUUUAGUGAGAUCCCUCAGCUGUUUGCCCGCCCUCGAGGACCUGCAGUUACAAGCUUAUGCAUUAGAGGAUCUUGUCGAGCACGAUGCGCCAAACAGACUGCCCAUCUCUUUGAAUACACUGAAGAAUCUCCACCUUUCUGAUAUGUAUUUUGAGAAGAUUCAGGAGUCUUCAUGUGCCAUCUGUUUCAUCAGAAGCUGCCCCAAUUUGCAACGCCUUAAAAUCACCGCUUUCACCUUCGACGUGGUGGAUGCUGUGGCAGACUUCUUGAGGUCACAAACAAGUUCGGAGUCCCUGGCUCAUCUGAAAACCGUGAAGAUGCAGCUGUUCUCUGGGAUCGAAGCUGAGAUGGAAUUCGUGAAAUAUCUAUUAGCAUCAGCUACAGCACUGGAGGAAAUGGCAAUCACACCCCAUGCCGGCAGCAUUGCUGAUGGAGGGGAGUCGAUACUCAACGAGCUCAAGCAAUAUCCACGAGCAUCACCGGGUGCAGAAAUCUUCAGUUCAGAGAACAACCAUGGGAACAAACAUGUGUAGGUGCGUCAAUCUUCACUAGUUAGGCUCUUUGUAAAUUACUCUUCUCUUGCAGUUAAGUUGAUAGUAGAGAAAUGGUUGUGGUUUUGUUAAGUUGAUUAUAAGUAACUAAAUGUAAAUUAUAAGGAUAAAAUUAUUCAAAUUAUGUAUUUCUAUGUGAGUUAGUGUCCCAAAAAAAAUGCUUAUAUUUAGAGGACAUAUUAAAAUGAAAAUAAAUGCAUAAUUUUUAGA